AUGAAUUGGCUCAAGUCGACUCUCGCAAGCGUCGCCGGUACGCAAGAACCGAUCUAUGGCCCCGAGGCCAUCCAGUCUGUCGCCAAACAGGCGCAAGAGGUCCCCUAUACCGAGCUGACGAAGAAUGAUUUGCGCUGGCGGGCCUACCAGUACACCAAUGUCGAAACUCAAACCUUCUAUAUCAUGGCCGACAACGGUACUCUGGUCUUCGUCCAGAUUAUUUACAGCAACAUCGUGGGCAUUCACACGACCGCGCAAUUCAACUGCAAAAUCUUUAAUCUCAAGGGAGAUGCCCCUCACGGCUGGUACUCCGAUCCCUUGUACAACUUCAUGUUCGACGAGAGCAUGCUUGCCUUCUGGGCCGACAACAUUACCCUGACUCUCAACGAGGAGGGCGAUGCCUACACCCUCAAAUCCGCCGUGAAUGAAGACUGCUUGGUCAACGUCACCUUCACCCGCAACACUCCGGGCUUCGUCAUCGGCAAGGACGGCACUUCCUACUUCGGCACGGACCCCGAGAACCCUUGGGGCUCGAUGCGCCACGCUUUCUGGCCUCGUUGUGGUGUCGAGGGAACCAUUACCACCAAGGAACAGACCUACGAUAUGAAGGGCCGCGGCAUGUUCAUCCAAGGUCUUCAGGGCAUGAAGCCUCAUCAUGCUGCUGCCCGAUGGAACUUUGUUAACUUCCAGUCUCCUUCGUACACCGCCGUCAUGAUGGAAUACACUACGCCGCCAUCGUACGGAUCCACCGUGGUCAAUGUUGGUGCCAUUGUCAAGGACGGAGAGGUCGUCUACGCCGGCAUCGACAACUCUGCUACUCACACCGAGAUCACUCAGGACCACGAAAGCGAGUGGCCCGAACCCAAGUCCAUCAAAUGGGUGUGGGAUGGCAAGUCCAAGGACGGCAAGGAGGUUGCCGCCCAUCUGGAGGGUCCGGUCGGCAAGAGACUGGAUCGGAUUGACGUGAUGGCCGAGGUUCCCGGUUUCAUCAAGUCCAUUGCAGGAAGUGUCGCUGGAACGCGACCGUAUAUCUUCCAGUAUUCGCCGCAAGAGAAACUCACUCUCAAGCUGAAGAUCGGCGACAAUGAGAUCACCGAGGAGGGAACCACGUUCUGCGAGGCCACCUUCAUCUCCUGA